AGAGAAUGCAUUUCUAUUCACAUCGGCCAAGCAGGUGCACAGAUCGGAAAUGCCUGCUGGGAACUGUACUGCUUAGAGCAUAGCAUAGAUCAGAGUGGAUUUCUGGAUGAAUCAGUCGACCAAAAGAAAAUGGAUUCACAGUCGCUUCAAGCAUUCUAUUCCGAAUCCAACAAUGGGAAAUUCGUUCCUCGUGCCAUUUAUAUUGACCUCGAACCAACCGUACUU